AUGGACAAUACAAGGACAGCUGUUGGAAGAGUAGAUGACGACGGUGGCGCCAAAACAGCAAUUCGCGCUGUGGAUGAUUACGAUCGUAUGGAGGCGGCGGUGGCGGCGGCGGUGGAGGAGGCGCUAGAAGUGUCUAUUUCGGUGUUGGAGGAGGCGGAGGGGAGCAAAGAGUUCAUACUUCAUGCCCAAGUGAAAUCCAAGCACAGUCGAGGAGCAGAAGAGCUGCAGAUUUAUCGAUAUAAAUAUUUGAAGGUUCCAGUCCUUCAAUGA